AUGAACUCCUUCUUUUUAUUCUCAUUUGUUCUCAUUUUCAAUUUCACAAAUGGACAAGAUUUCGAUGAUUCCGUGAGAAAAUUGAUUACGGAGAAGUGCAUUAAGGAUAUUGAUACAUGGAAGAAAAGUCUAAGAAAGCUGUCAGCUGAAUUACUGCAAUGUGGAAAACUUGAAGCUUGUCAAGAUUUCAAGAAACAAACACUCCACGAUAAUAUUUAUUCUCUUUAUCAGCUGGAUUCAUUUGCAAAAUUGCCUCCAAAUUUACUUGGUUUCAAUAAAGUUUGGAGUGGUGAUUACGAUGAGUGUUUGGAAGUUGAAAAUCCAAAUGAUAACACUUAUCAAACUCAAUUCUGUUGGGCUCAUUUGAAUUUGCCAAUUGGAAAGAUUCUAGCGAAAUCUGGAGAUGCUGUUAAAACAGUUUCAACAACGUGUGGAGCAGGGAAACCAACAGAUGUCAAAAUGAGUAUUUGUAUGCCACGUAGUUGCUCGGAGCACGAUUUGAAAUUUGCUCUGAAUCACUUGAGAAUACUACCAAUGACUACAAAAGAGUAUUUGAAUCAUUCAAUUGUUCCAGUGGACGAUGACAAGUUUGUCUGUGAUGUCACGUGUCGUCCAGUUAAUUUCGAACCGGAUUAUCUCUUCUGGAUUGUUACAGUAAUCUUAGGAACUAUCACUUUCAUUUGUGUUGUCGCAACAAUUGCUGACUACUAUCAAGAAGUAGAAAAUGAGAAAAUGGAAAUGAGUUUGGGAGAGAAAACUAUUAAAGAAAGAGGAGUUUCUGAAGAAGGAAUUUUCAAAUACUUUCUCGCAUUUUCGAUGCUUUCAAAUGGAAGAUCUCUGAUGAGAAUAUCGAAGAAUCUGAACAAUUUGAAAGGAGUUGAGUGUAUACGAUUCAUCAGUUUCACUUGGGUCGUAUCUGGUCAUAUUUGGGGAACCUGGAUGAACGCAGACAAUCCAUUCAAAAUAAUUGAUAUUCUGAAUACGAGAAGCUACGAGAUUUGGUUGAACGCCUUCUUCUCAGUUGACACUUUUUUCUUUCUCUCUGGACUCAUGCUCUCUUAUUCAUUCCUGCCUAAACUAAGUAAAAGGAAAGCAAUGGAUCCAAUGGUUUGGGCUGUUUUCUAUCUUCAUCGAAUACUUCGAUUAACUCCAGCUUAUCUCAGUUUCAUCAUUUUCUAUGCCACGUAUGGACCAUUGACAGAUUUCGGACCGAAUGAGUUAGUAAGAAGAGAAGAUAUGGAGAAUUGUAAGAAGUAUGGAUGGAAGAAUCUAUUGUAUAUCAAUAAUAUUUAUGAGCCAAGGAAGAAUUGCCUCUCAAUAUCUUGGUAUAUGGCUUCAGACACUCAAAUGUAUCUCUUUUCUCCAUUACUUUUGGUUGCAUUUCUUUUUGGUCCAAUACCAGGAAUCCUCUUUUCAAUCACUGUAAUUGUACUAUCAACUUUUCUCAAUUACUGGUUAUUCCUUCAUUACGAUCUUCCAUUAACUCUGAUUCAAGCAUAUAUGACAGGUGAUGAAAAAAUAAUCCAUAUACUACAAGACUUUGUCUAUGAAGCUGCUUACAUCAGAAUCCCUCCAUUCAUAUUUGGAAUUGUGAUGGGUUAUGUGAUGUUAAAAACAAGAGAUAUCAAGAUUCACAUGAAUACAAGUGUCGUCUUCGCUUGUUGGUUGGUAUCUUUCAUUCUGUCACUUGGCUCAAUAUUCACAAUUCACAGUUAUAACCGAGGCGACUAUUGGACACCAAUGCAGAGAGCGUCCUACUACGGAUUCAGUCGAAUCGCUUGGUCGAUUUCUCUCUCUUGGCUCAUUUUUGCUAUCAAUCGGGGUCAAUCUGGUCUCAUCGGCAAAUUCAUGUCAUUAUCAUUUUGGACUCCUCUCGGAAAACUCACAUUCUGUGCUUAUCUCUGUCAUAUUAUGAUUGUAAAUGCAAUAUUUAAUCUAGAAAGAUCUCCACCUCAUUUUGUUGGAGCAUUCCAUACGGUUAGUUAA